AAAUUCCUAUUGAAUCAUUGAUUAAAAUUUGUGAUUUUUUUUGAAAGACUUGCUUCUGAUUUUAAUUUAUUCAAAAAAAUUCUCUCAUUUAAUUAUUUGUCCAUGUCCGUGUAUUGAUUUCGAAAAAAUAACAUUUCAAAACUUUUGUUCAAUUUCCCACAAACAAAAACAAAACCAAAGAAGAAAAAAAACGAUUUUGAUCCAAGGCUUCUGCAAACAAAAGUGAAAAAAAAUGGCGCCAAGAAUGUCACUACCAAGGCUAGGAUUUCAUUGGCAAAAUAAAGAACGAAUCUAUCUACAAUUCAAGGUGGCCGUAUUCGGUAGCUCUCGUGUUGGAAAAACAUCAAUCGUAAGACGUAUUCUACCAACAUCAACAUUUGUUGAAGAACAUAUACCAACCGUUGAAGAAUUACAUCAAGUUGAAUUCAAAACACGUAAUUCAGAUAUGACCAUUAUGUUAGAUUUACUCGAUACAUCGGGUACCUAUCCAUUUCCUGCAAUGCGUGAUCUGGCCAUACAAACAGCCGAUGCAUUUAUACUUGUAUAUGCUGUCGAUGAUCAAGAAUCAUUGGAUGAAGUAUGCCGCCUUAAAGAACAUAUUAUAAAAUUAAGAGGACCAAAUAUUCCACCAUUAGUAGUGGUUGCCAAUAAAAUUGAUUUAACUGAAUCUCGAGUUAUCGAUGUUAAUCUUAUCGAUUCAAUCAUCAGUAUUGAUUGGGAAUUUGGUCAUGUUGAAUGUUCAGCCAAAAAUGAUGAAAAUAUUAAACGUAUUUUAAGCCAAUUAUUCCGACAAAAAUUGAUUAAUGAAGCACGACGAAUGGAAAAAGAAAAAAAUGUUCAAACCAAUAAUAUUGUGACAAACAGUAACAAUAACAACAACAAUCUUACUACAGUAUCGAUCGAUAAAGGAAAUGAAUCCGAUCCGGAUAUAUCACCAUCACGAUCAUCAAUAUCAUCGGAAAAAUUAUUUUUUGGUGAUGAUUUUUAUGGAAGUUGUAAUAGCCUUAAUGAUUCAAGAAAAAAUUCAAUCAGUGAUACAGAUGAAUUUGAAUAUAGGCUUCGAAAUGGAUUCAAAAAUAAUAAUUGUAUUAUUUCAUGAUGAUGAUGAUAAAAAUUGUUUUUGGCUCUUUUUUCAAAAAAACAACCAAAAUUAUUGAUGCCACAUUUUUUACAAAAAAAAAUUGUUUACAAUUCCGGACACAAGACGGCAGCGUUUCUCUUCAAAAAAAUUUGCAUAUUUUUUCCGUUUGGAUCUUAAAUGAUAUGCUUAUUUUCUU